AUGUCCGCACCACCCAAGCGUUUUGGAUUGAUUGUUAAGCAGAAGGAGGAGCCGAAACGAGCUCCUGUCAGGGUGUCCAGUGUCUUUGGGGAUGAUGACGAUGAUGAAGCGCCAGCCACCGCCACCAACACCUCAUCAGCAUCCGUGAUUCGGAUUCAGAAGGCCGCUGAACGGGAGCAUCAAAAGGCUGAGGCAGAGGAUCCGACGAUUUUCGACUACGAUGGGAAUUACGAUGAGAUUCAGGCGAUUAAGAAUGAGAAGAAAGAAGAAGCUCGAAAAGCGGACAAGAACAAGGAGUCCAAAUACGCAGAAGCAAUUAUCAAGGCGCACGCUCGUCGCCAGCUAGAGCAAUUCUCACGAGAAGAACGUCAACAAAUCAAGGAGCGAGAGAAGGAAGCCGGAGAAUUCGACGACAAGGAGGUGUUCGUGACAGGAGCCUAUCGAAAACAGCAGGAGGAAGUGAAGAAGUACCGGGAGCAGGAGGCUGAAGAAGCGGCGUUCAAUGACAUGACAAGUGUGCAGAAGCAGAAGAUGUGGGAGAUGGGAAUGGGAAGGACUCUUCUGAAUGACCUGGCGAGAGAUCCAACGGCGAUUAAGCAGAGGAAAAUGGAGAAAAAGAAUGUGAGGAAGAGGGAGGAUUCUGGAGAUGAGGAAGAGCAGAAAGAAGACGUUAAGAAGAAGGAGGAGCCGAAAAAGAAAUCAAUCUACGAUACAGAUUCAGAAGACGAUGAGAAGAAGUCUAAGGCUCCAGAAGCGCCGAAAAAGAAUUUCGAAGGAGAACUCAAAGCUGGGCUCAAUCUAGUUACAAAGAAGGCGACAACGCACGCUGAGAGAAUCCGCCAGAGAAAUUUCACACCCACACCUCCUUCAUCAGAUGACGAAGCACCUAAACCAGCUCCACGAGCUGUAGGAGACCAUAGAAGGAGCACGAGCCCGAGAAGAUCUAGAGAUCAUGCUCAGAGAAAUCAAAGAGAAAAAACAAAAUCCAAGUCUCCAGAGCCCCCUAAAGCCCAGAAGACGUCGCUGAAGGAUAAGCUGAAGCCGAAGAGAAUCGAUAAAGCGGCAAGGUUGGACGGGUUGAAGGCGAUUCUAGCGCAACGGAAUACAGAGAAGGACAUCGAGGAGGCCAGGCAGAGAUACUUUGAGAGGAGAGAGCAAGGAUUGGUGGUGCCGCCGUUGUAG